AUGUCGGUUGAAAGCCAGCCGUGGGUUGAGCGAUAUCGACCCAAAACUAUAGAUGAGGUCUCGUCACAGCAGCAUGCAGUGAAUGUGCUGCGUCGGUCCCUAUCGUCUGCCAAUCUCCCACAUAUGCUGUUUUACGGACCACCAGGCACGGGAAAGACGUCGAUGAUUCUUGCUUUGGCUCGUCAGCUAUUCGGGCCUGAAUUGAUGCGCUCGCGCGUUCUCGAGCUGAAUGCCUCGGAUGAGCGUGGCAUUGCUGUAGUGCGUGACAAGAUUAAAUCGUUCGCACGAGCUGCUGUCUCGGCGCCGAAUCCAGAUUACCCGUCGCCUCCUUUCAAAAUUGUGAUUCUCGACGAAGCUGACAGUAUGACGCAGGACGCUCAAAGCGCAUUACGCCGUAUCAUGGAGCAGUACAGUCGUAUCACCCGAUUCUGCCUCAUCUGUAAUUACGUGUCGCGCAUCAUCGAUCCUGUUACGUCUCGAUGCAGCAAGUUCCGCUUCAAGCCACUGGAUGCAUCGAGUGCCGAGGCGCGUCUCCAGUAUAUUGCACAAGCUGAGGGCUUGCGAAUAAGCCCUGAGGUCUUGUCGAUGCUUAUCCAUACGUCUGAUGGUGAUAUGCGUCGGAGCAUUACGUACUUGCAGUCCCUGGCGCGUCUUGUGUCGGCACGUGGUAACGAUGCAAGCCUCAUGUCGUCUACGACUGUGGGCGAGCUAGCCGGCAUUGUUCCGAUGCCUGUGAUAACGUCACUUGCGCAAACUAUGGCCGUUCCUUCCUACGACACGAAUGACGAGGCCACACCUACGGCUCAGGGCAGCGCAUUCGACGCUGUGUACGAUGCUGUGCAUCACAUUGUGCGCGAAGGUUACUCUAGCUUGCAGGUGGUGCUGCAGUUACACGACUAUAUUAUUUCCCACCCUAUGCUUUCUGCAAGGCAAAAGACCAAAUGCGCUCUUCAUCUAGGCGCUGCCGACAAGGCCCUCAUGGAUGGCGGCGAGGAGAGCCUUCAACUUCUCACGCUGUGUCUCUCCCUCCACCAAGAUGUUACAAAUAGCACCUAA